AUGUCGUACUACUUUGCCAUCAUCGGCACUCGCGACAAUCCAUUGUUCGAACUGGACUUUGGCACGUCCAAGAUUGGCGGCGAUGGACUUGCACGAUUCCGAGAAGAGGCCAAGCAUAUGAACCAAUUCAUCGUACACGCCGCUCUGGACAUGGUGGAAGAGGUCCAGUGGAGCACAAAGGAGCUAUACCUUAAAAAGGUUGACAGCUUCCAGAAUAAUCACAUUCAUGCGUUCUUGACCGGCGGCAACGUGAAGUUCAUGCUCCUGAUGAACCCAGAUCCUGCCUCGACACCUUAUUCAAGCUACCCGACCGCGCCAUCUCAGCGAGCAGGAGCUCGUCAAAGUACAUUGAUCGCCAACAACCCAAACAGCCAGCAGACUGAAGAAGCUGUACGACAGUUCAUGGCAGAGGUCUACGAAAACUGGGUCAAGUGCAUUAUGAACCCUUUCUACACAGUCAACCAGCCUGUCACGAGUCCUGUCUUCCGGAGCCGCGUGAGCAUGGCCGCCAAGAAGUACCUCUGAGUGUAGACUGCUUCUCAAGG